CCGUUCAAAACACAUGGAAAUAGAAACGCAAUUUUUUCUGUUAAAUAAUAAGCUAUAUGCAUCAUUCUGCAAAGUUAUCAGUUUAUAUGAAACUACUCGAAAACACCAGGUUCAAUUGUACGAAUCGUGAUUUUUUUUCAUAACCUAAAAUGUCGGAAACCUCACAUCCAUCUCGCGAUCCAAAAAAUCUCAGCGAACCAUUCGCAGUCAUCGAAUUUCUCGAGAAAAACGAAAAAGGGCUACCAUGCAUUGAUUUGGUGCCGAAAAAAUGGUUUAAUAGUGCAGAAGAAGACACCUGUAAAUUCCCACCGACAACUGAAUAUCAUCUACUUGACGACUACUUGGAAAAAUUGCACUCGCCCAAGGACUCUUGGCAAAGUUAUCCAUUUUGCUUCAUCACCGGAGCAGCUGAUUUGGAUCAGGGUCGCAGAAGAUUAAAAAAGGCCCAAGUAACUCUCAACUGUGAGACAACCGAUGGUGAAAAUGAUCGAAAGGGGGGGAGGUCCGAAACUUCCUCGAAAGCAAAAAUUUCAGCAAAACCCUUAACUGCAUCAAAGUCUCAACUAAACAACAUCUUUAGUACUAAAAUCCCGAUUCCACCUAGAAAUCAAACUCCAAAGUCUGGUAUACAAGCAAAACCAAAGACAAGAUUUCAAAGCAUUUACCAGAGUGGAUCUGACUCUGAAGACGAAAAUCAUGAUUGUCUUAUAGCUAAUCCUGAGGAGAUUCGAGCCUCAAAGGCUCAAAAUAAUUCUGGCUUUUUGCAAAUGUCGAGUAAAUCGCGAUCUGUACCAACAGGUGCAUGUUUAUCAUUUAAACAGCGGUCAAGGAAGAAUAUUACUUUGCUUAAAGACGUCGAAACUGAUGAAUCUGAGAGCAAUGAUUCCUCCGAUGGAAUUCUGCAGUCACCUACAAAAUCGAUGGACUCAGCGAGAAAUACAAGAAAAGAACUUCAUUUGACACCUCCUUCACCACUAGUCCAUAACGCUUCAGGUAACCGAAAAAGGCGUGCAUCGUCUACUACACGCGCUGAAGACGGAUUGAAUUCGAUUGUGAGCCCAGGAACUCCAAAAACUUCACGAUCAAUGAUGGUACCCCCUGCUAAGAUGCCAAAAAUGCUGGGACCACAAAACCAGUUGUCAUCUAGUCAUUAUGCUGAUAAUGAACGUCGAAUCCUGAACUCCCUUCGAGAUUACUUUGAUCAGCAAUUAGAUGAAAAGCUCGAAAAUUUAAGACGCAGGAUGGCUUACGAUUUAAAGCAGUCUAUGAAUGAGCUCAAGACCACAAUCAUUGGCACUAAUCUAGCCCCAGCUUCUGGUCCUAGCUUGCUUGAAAUACAGAAGCAGAUGUCUACGCCACUACUAUUUGAAAUGGAUGAUAAGUUCCAGGAAUACGAAGCGAUAUUGACAACGGACCCAAAUCUCGUAGAAACACUGCGAUUAUUCAUGAGAGUUUUGAUAAGCAAUAAAAAAGAGAUGAAAAUAUGUGUUUCCACUAUCCUAUCUGCGGUUCUGAGGAAGACAGUGUCACUGCACUAUUCUGGUUACGGAAAGGAAGCUGGCGGAAAGAAAAAGAAAAAUUUUUAUAACACUACAGUAUGCAAAGUACUGAUUGAUGUGAUAAUUGAGGUAAUAGGAUCCAGCACUGAUGAGAAGAAGAUAAUGUCAGAAGUAAGUACUUGGUUGUCACGUUCUGGCGAUCGAGAGGGUGGGCGUAAGGAACGACAACGCGGGUCAAGUCAUCAUAACGAGAAUAAUUCAGUUUGUUCCUUUGAUACCAAUCGAUAAUACUUCAUUUUUCCGGGAUAAAUGGAAUUGUAAAAUCACUGUGUUAAUAUGACUCCAUUAGUUCAUUUUCGUAAUUGUAUUAGUUGUGAUAUUCUUGAUAAAAGGUACGAUUAAUAGGAAAAGUUUAUAUUAUCAAUAUAUUUUUAUCGCGAGGCGUUUCAUUGGGCAGAAUAUAUAUUAAUAUAUGAAUAUUGUUUAGUAUUCGGCUGUCAUUGAAGUAUUAAUUAUAUUUAUUAUAUUUCUCCUGGCGAGGUCGGAAAUCCAGAAGAUGGAAAUAACAAUUGGAAAAUGUGAUGUAUCUUAGCAUAAUAAAGUAUUUUCUAUGUCAUUUCCUCAUAAGUUAGAUCACGGGAAUAAAUAUCCGUUGUUGGUUCAGGGAUUAAAUAUUAUGUCCAAAAGUUUAAAGGGAAAAAUAAUAAGUGGAUUUUUAAUUUUUAAGAAAAAUUCUAAUGAAAGUAAUUUCAGCCAUUGAGAGCUGUUUUCAGUAUUUGGUGAUUCAAGUCAAAUAAUAUUUAUAAGGUUGAAGUUUCACAAUCGGACUGCGUCCAUAUUCCCCAAAGAUUUCAAAUUUAAGGGUUGAAAUUAAUUAGUUAUAUGUAAUCCUAUCCAAGACUUUUUUAUAUUUCUAAGUUUGUUUGAAAGAGUGAAUAUAAUAAGCAAUAUUAUAUAGAACUAGCACACAAUCAAUGCAACUAAAUAUCAUUCUGUGUUCCGGAGUUGCAGAUGGAGAAGACAUUAUUGUAAAAAAAGGACGUCUUUCCGAGAUGAAAAAAUAAUUCUUAUCAGGAUAAUUCGUAUCAGCAAUUGUCUAUGGAUAUAAGAAUUAAUUCUUAUCAUCCAUAGCGGAAUAAAUUAUCCAUAAUAUUGCUAUUAUAAUGACUGUUUUCAUGCUUGAAUUGAAGCACGAUAAUUUAUCAAUUCUAAACUACUAAUUUAAAAAAUAACAUUGGUGCGUUAUUUUGUUGGAUAUUUUGUUAAUACAAUCUUCGAAUUCUGAAGACUGACUGCUAAUAUUAUUAGAUUGUAAGAGAGAGUUUAUUAAGACUUAAUAUGGUAUGUCGUAUUAAAUUUCGGAUUCAAAUGAUCUACGUAGAUUAUUUAUUUUAAAAGCGGAUGAAAAUAAUCCACAAAAGAUUUUUCUACAAUUUAUACCUGCAAUCAUUUUUUUGAGUUUUCAUAUUCUGUUCGCGGAAAAAUCUCAUAGUUGUGAUUAUCUUUCAUGAAAAUUGGAGAUACAAACACUGCAUAUCUUUAACUGUUCAACCAAAAUCGGAUGAAAACAUGUACUAUGUCGAUAGGAGGAAAAAAGUUUUUGAUUGGCUGAGUUUUUUUGUCAAUAGAUUUAAUAAAUUUAAAUAUAAGUUUUGUCACAUAAUAAAACUGUUUUCUGUAUAAUGUUGAAGGUAAUAAAUACAUGUCUGCUUAUCAGA